GACUUCUAGUAAAGCAAGUCCACCCAGUAGACCUGAAAGCUCCUUAUUAAUAAAGAAGAAGUUAUCUAUUUUAUUUCUGAUCAAACAUAAGCAUUAAAGAACCAGAAGAAGCAAGGAAGCAAAAGAAAAUGAUGAGACAAAUCGUGUUGUCUGUGUUGGGAAAAAUUUCAAAUCUUCUUAUCCAAGAGUCAGAUUCAUUGCUUGGAGUAGAAGAUCAAAUUCAAUGCAUCGAAACUCUAUUGAGAAGAUAUGCUGAUGAUUCUUGCAAUGUGUGCCAAAAGAAGCUAUUAAGAAAAACUAUUUACGAUCUUGAAGAUGUGAUUGAUGAGUUAAUUAUUAAAUCAGCCCGGAGAAGCAAUAGAGAUGUUUGCAUUCGGUAUGUUUCGGCUUUCGUUCAUCUGCCAAUGUAUUUCUUUUAUUUUCUGGCUCUUGUCGAUUUGCUAGAUCAUUAUAGAUUUCGUGAGAGACUGGAACAGAUCAAGAUUAAAAUUUCCGUGGUAUAUACGAGGUGGUUGCAGGAAGCUGGUUACUGGCACAAAUCUUUUGGCGUAUACGAUGUGGGUAUUGGCUACUCUGUAAUUUCGCCUGUUAUAGGUUUGUUUGAGGCCUUAGCCACUCGGAAUGAGCUUCGUCCUACUGUGCGAAGGCAAGCCAGGAGGUUAAGAGACGAAUUCAGGUCUUUGGAUGAUUUUCUAAAAGAUAUUGAACAAUCAAAACAAUUAAGUGAAGUAGGAAUGGCGUGGAUGGAGGAACUUUGCGAUGUUUGUCGCUCAGCUGAGAAUGUUGUUGGGCUUUUCUUGCAACGGAUGAAGAACGGGAGGAGAGGACCUUUCGAAAACUUGGUCUGGGCUCCCCUGAAUUUCAUUUCCCAGCGUAAGCUUUUCCUUCAGAUGGCCUCGAUUAAUCGUAAGAUCCGUGAUAUUUCUGGUAGAAGAGAUGAAGCCAUUCCAAGAUCUAUCUCAGGGAGUAACAAUGACCAAAGUUUAUAUCAACAGGGAAAACCACUUCCUCGUGAUGCUGAUCAACUUGAUAUGGUUAGCUUUGAUGAGGAUGUAGAUGCAGUUAUGGCACAGCUGCUGAAAGAUGACCCCCGCUGCAUCACUAUUUCAAUUGUGGGUGUCGGAGGCAUUGGAAAGACAAACCUUGCAAAGCUAAUCUACGAUAGCCAGACUAUUGCAGACCAUUUCCCUAAUCGUAUUUGGGUGUCUAGAGCAACCGAGUUUAAUAUCAUCGAACAGAUUUUCAGUGUUAAAGAUUCAACUUUAGUAAGUUAUCCUUUUUGGCAUGAAAAAUUUGCAUAUACGGUGAGGCAGCUAGUUAAUGCUUUCUUCUUGGAUAAGAAGUAUCUCAUAGUUGUUGAUGACUUGUGUUUAACCGAAUUGUGCCUUCCAAGAGAAUUCUGGACAAACAUGGGAAGAGUCUUCAAUGACAUUCCAAAUGGAGCAAGAAUACUUUUCACAAUUCGCAAUUUCAGGCAAGCUCCACCAGAUACUGAAACUAGCUUCAUUUACAGACUGCAUCUCCGAAGCCAUGAUGAGAGCUGGGCAUUGUUCACGCACACUUUGAAGGUAAACAUCCUCCCAGAGAUGCAGAAUUUGAAAGGACAUAUCAUAAGAACAUGUGGGGGGCUGCCAAAGGUAAUCUUGAAACUAAGAGAACUACUGUCGCAAAGAGAUGCAACUCUAGAGGAGUGGUCAAGGGUACUUGACCGCCUAAAUCAAGAUCAAGAACCCUGGUUAGAAAUCCUAGAUGAAAUUAACAAGUAUUUGCCUUUGUAUUUGAGAAGAUGUCUCUUUUAUUUUGGAUUAUUUCCAGUAGGGCGUAAAAUCCCUGCGAGAAGGUUGAUUGCCUUGUGGGUUGCUGAGGGUUUGGGGUGUCAACAGAGUAAUGAAAAAUCCCCUGAACAUGUUGCAGAGGCAUGCUUGAGAGAGUUAAUGAAUUAUAAUAUGGUUCAGGUGACAGAAAAGAAACUCAAUGGGAGGGUUAAGACAUGUUGCCUACCAGAAGCUUUGCAAGUACACUGGUUCUCAAAAGCAAAGGAAGCUAAUUUUCUUCAAGGUCACUCUGACAUUUCCAAUACCAACAUUGGUGUAAUACGCCGUCUCGCUGACCAUCUUCAGCAGAAUGAUGCCAUCUUUGAUGAUAUUCAUUGUCACAACAAUGCUUCCUCAUACUCUCGCUACAGAGAUGUGGUCUCCUUUUUAUCCUUUGAUACUCGUGAAGGAAGCAGGCCUGGAGAAGAUAUAGGGAACUUUCUUGAUAGAUCCAUCUCAAGCAAUUGCUUCCGUUUCCUCUGGGUGUUGGAUCUGGAAAAUGUAUACAGGCCAAAACUGCCCAAGGCAGUAGGUCAACUCACUCGGUUGAGGUAUCUUGGGUUGAGAUCAACGUACCUGGAGAUGCUUCCUGUGUUCAUUAACAAAUUGCUAAACCUUCAAACACUGGAUUUGAAGCGCACUUGCAUCAACACUCUUCCCUGUUCAAUAUGGAAGAUGCAAAAGCUAAGGCAUUUGUUUCUGGAUGAGAGUUUCCGCAACACAUUUGUGCCUCGACAAGAAGAAAGCUCUCUGGUGGAUCUUCAAACACUCUGGGGUGCAUUUGUAGAUGAGAAUAGUCCAGUGAGAAAUGGCCUGGACACUUCAUUGAACAUUAAAAAAUUGGGACUGAAAUGCAAGAUAUCAGUGCCGUCUCAAAAUGCAGCAAUGUCCUCACAACUGGUUGAUGUCGCAAACUGGAUUGUAAAACUAAAAGACCUUCAAUCCUUAAGAUUGAAAUCAUUUGAUGAAUCAGGCCAGCCCUGGGAUCUGCACUUGCAGUCUUUGGUAGAGCAUGUGGAUCUUUCCAAUAUAUAUUUGGUUGGAAAGCUGAAGAAUCAGCACCUGGUAUCUGCGUUACCAAGGAGCCUAAUUGACCUCACCUUGUCAGCAUCUGGACUGGUAGAGGACCCAAUGCAAACGUUGGCCAAGCUACCCAACCUUAGAAUCGUUAGGCUGUUGUCCAGAUCUUUCACAGGAAAGAAUAUGCUUUGCAGUUUUGGAGGAUUUCCAAAGCUUGAAGUCCUCAAAUUCUGGGAGCUAGAGCUCCUGGAGGAGUGGAAUGUGGAGGAAGGAGCACUGACUAGCCUGAAGGACUUGGAAAUCAGAUCCUGCGGAAAUUUAAAGAUGCUUCCUGAUGGACUCCAGCAUGUUAGGACCCUUCGCGAAUUGAAAUUAACAAAAUUGCCAAUGGUAUCAUCAAGGAUUAAAGAUAAUCUUGGUGGGGAAUGGAAUAAAAUUGCUCAUAUACGCCAUGUGUGGAAGGAAGAUUGAUAAUGCUAGGUCCAACAGAUUCAUGGGAUUUAUUCUCAAAGUCAUGAUUCAGACCUAAUCAAAUCAGAUGAUGAUGAAGAUGAAAGCUGUUUUGUCUAAUAUAUGCAAUUAAUCAUUUGCCAAUCUUGUGUUCUUGUUUCUGCCUUUUUCUUUUCCUUUUCUCUGUUUAGAGAUCUGCGUGAACGAAUUUGAGUGUGAUGUAAUUUCUUCUGUGAUGCUUUCCAAGCAUUUCUUUAGAUCAACAUCAACCUCAGUUAUAUUUGUAAUUUUCGUUAUAAAAUGAAAAGUUAGGUUUGCAAUGAGAUUGAAUUAAGAGAAAUAAAGAUGUUUGUGCCUCUAA